AUGUCUUCAGGAUUCAAUGAUCCCAAGCUGUUGUACGCCAUCAACGGCGUCUCGGCAUACCACAUUGCCAACGGCAAGGAGGAACCCCUCACCCCCGGUGGCCCACAGACGCUCUCGCUGUUGAUGGUCCCCACGAGCUCCAUCUUUGCCGAUCCGUCUAUCAGCCCCGAGGCCGGCGGCGUUGAAGAGGACUUCUAUCUUCACCUCCACCUGCCUCCAGAGCUCGACCUCCCGCUCCCUGCCACGACGCAGAUCUACCACCAGCCGCCCAGAAGCUACCUCAUCCCGCGCUGGGACCUUGGCCCAGACAGCGGCGCCUUCACGAGAAUAGAGUUUCCUAGCAUCGAGAGCCGCAAGUCGAUCCAGGAGGAUGUAGAUACGUUCGAGACCAUCUUGGCGCAAUGUACCGCCUUCCUAGAGCGGUCUCCGCCGCCCAGGACCGGACAGAGCUCCAAAUCGGCAGGGCAUUCCAAGAGUGGGAGUCGCUCGCCGACCUUGGCGACUAAAGCAGCCGCCGCGGCCGGGGAGGAGCUACCCGCAUACAACCCCGCCGACUUCAAACCAGGCGAGGCGUAUGCGCGAGGGAGCCAGAGUGCCAAGGGUGCACCCGGCCAGAUUGUGCUCGUCGAUGAAGAGGAUGGAAGUGUCAUCGGAGAGCUAGCAGAUGGCUACCAGCUUAUCGAGCACGAGAAGUUGAAGCCCGGGUCGAAAGAUCCUGUUGAGAUCACGUUUCCAGCCGAUGGCGGGCAAAAAAUCGAUAUCGCGCCUGUGUCGGCGGAUAUGGUCGAGGCGGAGUUACACCCGGCCUAUAAGAAGUCGUUCCUAGUAUCCAACGCAUCGGCAGCAUCGCGCUUGAUAAUAACAGGGUCGGAUAUGGUAUCCAAACUCCUCCAGGGCCAAGCCGACAACUUCACAAAGAAGACGACGCCCAACUCCAAGCCCGUCACGUUCAAGCCCAGUACCAAGGACCACAUCCGGCGCAUCAGCACAUUCACGGGUGGAGCAGCCCAGCUGUCGGCCAAGACGGUGGGCCAGAUCGGCAGGGUGGCGCAGAAUGUCGGGGCCUCGCUCGGGGGCCACGCCAAGAAGGCAGGCUCUUCCAAGGGCUUCGGCCCCGACGGCAAGCCGCUCGAGACGUACAAGCCCGGCCUGCUCAACAAGAGCAUGAUGGCAUUUUCAACCGUCAUGGACGGGGUGGAGCAGGCUGGCCGGCACUUGCUGUCGUCGACGUCGGAGGCGGCCACGACGGUGGUGGAGCACAAGUGGGGCCCCGAAGCCGGCGACGUGUCGCGGAGUGUUGGCGGCGGGGUCAAAAACGUGGGCCUCGUCUACAUCGACGUUACGGGCGUGUCGCGGCGGGCCAUCUUGAAGAGCGUCGCCAAGGGCAUGGUGGUGGGCCGCACCGUCAGCGGGCAGGAUGUGAUUGUCGGCGGAGGCGACGGCGGCGUCGUCAACGUGGAUGACCCUGACGGUCUUGAGAAGAAGACCACCAUCGAGAACCAGUCGGUCGGCUCCAUGAGCGUCGCCGACGGCAAGCAACCGGCAAGCGCCUUGUCGCCUAGCUUGAACCGCUAG